UCCAAAUACAAACACAAUCAGUAGCGCGCGAGAGGAGAUCGAUCGAUCAUGGCGGCCGCCGCAGCUCGGAGCAUCCAGGAGCGGUGGACCCUCGGCGGCGCGACGGCGCUCGUCACCGGCGGCAGCAAGGGCAUCGGGCAUGCGAUCGUGGAGGAGCUCGCCGGGUUCGGUGCGCGGGUGCACACGUGCGCCCGGAGCGCGGCGGAGAUGGAGGCGUGCCGGCGGCGUUGGGAGGAGAAGGGCCUCCGCGUCACCGUCUCCGCCUGCGAUGUCUCCGUGCGCGCCGACCGGGAGAGGCUGAUCGCCGCUGUGGAGGAGGAGUUCGGCGGGAGGCUCGACAUCCUGGUGAACAACGUCGGCAGGACGAUGUUCAAGGCGGCGGCGGAGUGCACCGGCGAGGACUUCGCGCGGCUCAUGGCCACCAACCUCGAGUCGUGCUUCCACCUCUCCCAGCUCGCGCACCCGCUCCUCGUCGUCUCCGGCGGCGGCAGCGUGGUGAACAUCUCCUCCGUCGCCGGCACCGUCGGCAUGCCGGCGCUGGCCGUGUACUCCAUGACCAAGGGCGGCAUGAACCAGCUCACCAGGAGCCUCGCCGCCGAGUGGGCCAACGCCGGCAUACGCGUCAACUGCGUCGCGCCGGGAGGCGUCAACACUGACAUCUGCGAAAACGAGACGAUAGAUCCGGAGCUAAUCAACAGCGAGAUGGCGCGGCUGCCGAUGCGGCGGCUCGCGGAGCCCGAGGAGGUGGCGUCAAUGGUGGCGUUCCUCUGCAUGCCGGCGGCGUCCUACAUCACCGGCCAGGUCGUCGUCGUCGACGGCGGGCGCACGAUCACCUAAUUAGUUAAUUAAACCAUUCCAGAUCAUGCUGUAAUUAAGAAGAUGUGUGUCCUUUUUUUAUUUUGGUUGGUGACUUUUCAUCUUGUAAGAGAAUUUCAAGUAAAUAUUCUAUCCCAUCACCCAUCCUAAACAUACAGUGAAAGAGAGAAAAAAAUACUGCUUGAGUAGAUAAUCUAUUUCAUCAUUUAAAAAUAGAGCAUUAUUCAUAUU